AAGAGGUCCUUUUUGAAUAAGAUUACGCUAAAAACCGUUUCGGAAUAUUUUGUUUGGUGAAAAAGAUACUUCCCGGGAUACCUUGGACAGAGAUAGGUACCUAGAGGUACGCCAGGGUUUUCUAAGAUCUCGAAAAAAAGUCUCGGAAAUGGCAACGUAGCAAAUCGGUCGUCUGUUUGUGCCCGCCGCUCUGAAGUAAGAAAUCCAUCUCGCUGAAAAUCCAGCAGCAAAUUUCGAUCACAUCUCGGCAACUGAACAGCUUAUCUAUUAUCUAGAUGGACCUAAUUUCUCUUAUAUGCCGAGUUCUGGAAACCCAAUCAACCAGAAAAUAGCUCAGUGGCAAGAGAACAAGAGAGGCGUCUCGGGUUCGAGACUGAAUUUGCACGACUUUUUUUUUAUUAAUCCUGAAAAAUUCCUGCGAGCGCCCAUGGAUCCUGAUCACAUUAUCAAUACUUUUAUAUUUGAUAACUAAGAACAUGUGAAUAGGACGGAAUUGUGAAUAAACAAAUUGAUAUCUUCCGAAUACGGGCAUUGUAAACGUAUACAAAUAUAAACAACUUAACUUAUCUAACGUUAUCAUCUGAAAGCCAUUCAACAUGAAUUAAGUCGUUAUUCUUGAUUAUUACCAGAUCCAUCAGUGUGUAGUAGGUGCUGCUGUGGUUAGUUUUGUGCAUAAAAUGCAUCUGAAAAGUUUGUUACUGGUGGUUGGUUUUUGGUUUUUCCAUAAAAGCGCGGCUUACAACUUUGAAGAAACGUUGGGUCACCUAAAACCAAAAGUUUCGGCUAAAACCCAAGAAGAUGCUGUGUUAGGAAUGAUAAAACGGACAACACCUAAUGGAUAUAAACUUUUUCUGGUAAAAGUUGACCCAGAUUUUGAGUACUCUGGAAGAGAAGCGUUUAAGAUACAAAAAGGUACUGAUGGACUUAUCAGAAUCACCGGUACCACUGGAGUCGCUGUAGCAACGGCAUUUAACUACUAUUUAAAAUAUUUCUGCAACGUUCAAAUCUCCUGGGAAUUUUCUCGAGCGAAUUUGCCGGAAAUUCUGCCGGAAAUAAAUGAAACCAUCACGCUGAACGACAGGUUCAGGUAUUAUCAAAACGUCUGUACUACGAGCUACACCUUCGUCUGGUGGCAAUGGGAAGACUGGGAGAAACACAUAGACUGGAUGGCUCUGAGUUCAUUCAACUUGAUCCUGGCAUCUACAGGUCAAGAGGCCAUUUGGGACAAGGUUUAUAAGAGAUUCAAUCUCACUCAGAAGGAUAUAGAUGAACAUUUCACAGGUCCUGCGUUUCUUUCGUGGCUUCGGAUGGGUAACAUUCGAGGUUGGGCUGGCCCCCUAUCUACCGAUUGGCACGAAAAAUCCGUCAGACUCCAGAAGCAAAUUUUAUCAAGGAUCAGAAGUUUUGGUAUGCUUGCCGUAUUGCCAGCAUUUGCUGGACAUCUACCUCGGGCUUUCAAAAGAUUAUAUCCCGAAGCGAAUAUGACACUCAUGGAACCGUGGAACAACUUCAACGAUACCUAUUGCUGCUCUUACUUAUUGGAACCGAGUGAAGAUCUUUUUAUACGGAUUGGUAAAGCAUUUAUACACGAGCAAAUCGCAGAAUUUGGAACGGAUCACCUCUAUAGUUGCGAUAGCUUUAACGAGAUGAAUCCAACGAGCUCGGAGCUGAGCUACAUAUCUCGUAUAGGCAGAACAACGUUCGACGCAAUGACUGUGGCUGAUCCAAAGGCGAUAUGGGUAAUGCAAGGUUGGUUAUUUGCUCACGAUAUACUGUAUUGGACGAAAGAAAGAGCCAGAGCCCUCCUCACCUCGGUUCCACAGGGAAAAAUGAUUGUUCUUGAUCUCCAAUCCGAGCAGUACCCUCAAUACGACCGUUUAGACCAGUACUUUGGUCAACCCUAUAUCUGGUGUAUGCUGCAUAAUUUUGGCGGUACUUUGGGCAUGUACGGAUCAUUUGACAUAAUCAAUCAGAACGUCAUCAAAGCUAGGAAUGCAAACUCCAGCACCAUGAUAGGCACUGGUCUAACUCCGGAGGGUAUAAAUCAAAAUUACGUAAUAUACGACGCGAUGAUUGAAUCAGCUUGGAGGAAAGAGCCACAAGAUAAAGAAGAGUUUUUUAGACUUUAUACCGUUAGAAGAUACGGGAAAGCUAAUGAUAAGGUCAUUCGAGGUUGGGAUAUACUGAAGGACUCCAUAUAUAAUUAUAAAGGAUUGUUGAAAAUACGAGGAAAAUACGUAAUAACAAAUACGCCGAGCUUAAGAUUAUUCGUGUGGACAUGGUACAACUAUACGUAUCUGUUUGAUGCCUGGGACUUGUUUUUGGCAGCUGCUGAUGACUUGAAACAUAGUCCUGGUUUUUUACACGAUCUCGUAGACGUGACACGGCAGGUGUUACAAGUAUAUGGGGAUAUUUACUACAAAAAUCUCAUGACAGCCUAUAGGAUCAGAAAUAUCAACAAAUUCAGAGACGUCGCUGAACCAUUCCUAGACGUCUUUUCAGAUUUAGAAAAAAUACUGGCUACAAACAAAGCGUUUCUUUUGGGACCGUGGUUGGAAUCUGCAAAGAAUUGCAGCUCUAGUCCAGAGGAAAAGAUACAAUUCGAGUACAAUGCUAGGAAUCAAAUAACUCUAUGGGGACCCAAAGGAGAAAUUAUGAAUUACGCGAACAAACAGUGGUCUGGUGUUGUAAGCCAUUUUUUUCUGCCGAGAUGGAAACUGUUCGUCCAAAGCAUGGAAGACGCGCUACAGAGAAAUAUUAAGCUAAACGAGAAAUUGGUGAAAGAAAAGAUGUUCAAAGAAGUUGAAGAACCUUUUACCUUUGACACAACUCAUUUUCCAACUGAACCACAUGGUAAUACCAUUGAGAUUGCGAAAUAUAUCCAUGCAAAAUGGAGGAAUAGAGUUGAUUUUCAUGAUAAAAUGCUGAGAAGGAUAAGGAUAGAAAGAUCUAGUGAAGAAGAAUUUGGAAUACUAGAAUAUGAUGAGUUUACUCCAGAAGUUUUGAUUGUAUGAAGUUGUUGUGCAUAUUGUAAUAAAAUCUGCUGGUAUAUUUAUAUGUAUAACAUCUUUAACUAGUACAAAAGACGGAACAUUUACAGCCUCAUAUCCCCUAAGACCGUCAAGUUUCAACCCCUACACUCCAUUAACAUUUCACACACAUUCAUUUAUUAACUUUCAUUUCUUGAAACUUCUAACCAAGUUUCCUCAUGACAUCUCCACGUUUUCUAUCUGACAUUUUGAAACCGCAGUAGUUCAAAUGUACCGUGACGUAGUUCAAAUGCAACGUG